CAAUUUUGUCCAGGCAUUUUGAAAAGGCCAUUGAACUGUUGUUAUGGUCCUAAGACCCACGAGUGUUGAAAAGUGCAAGGCACCAUGACUGUAGUGAUUGGAUUUGAAGGGAGUGCUAAUAAGAUUGGUGUGGGUAUUAUCAGAGAUGGAGAAGUCCUGUCAAACCCAAGGCGCACUUACAUCACACCACCUGGCCAAGGAUUUUUACCUGGUGAGACAGCCAAACACCAUCGUAGUGUUAUUCUUACUGUUCUCCAGGAGGCACUAGAUGAAGCAGGGCUGAAACCGGCAGAUAUUGACUGUGUGGCAUACACAAAAGGGCCUGGAAUGGGUGCCCCUCUGGUGACGGUGGCAAUUGUGGCACGGACAGUUGCCCUGUUGUGGGGCAAACCUCUGUUGGGGGUGAACCACUGCAUAGGACACAUAGAGAUGGGCCGUUUGAUCACAGGUGCCGAGAACCCCACUGUGCUGUAUGUGAGCGGAGGAAACACCCAGGUUAUUGCUUAUUCUGAACGGCGCUACAGGAUAUUCGGAGAAACAAUUGACAUAGCUGUGGGAAACUGUCUGGACCGGUUUGCUAGAGUCAUUAAGAUAUCAAAUGAUCCAAGUCCUGGUUACAAUAUCGAACAGAUGGCAAAGAAGGGCACCCAGUAUAUAGAGCUGCCUUAUACGGUGAAGGGCAUGGAUGUGUCAUUUUCUGGCAUCUUGUCCUAUAUUGAGGAGGCUGCUAACAAAAUGUUGAGUAUGGGUCAGUGCACCCCAGAGGAUCUGUGCUUCUCUUUACAAGAGACACUGUUCGCUAUGCUGGUGGAGAUCACAGAAAGAGCCAUGGCUCACUGUGGCUCUCAGGAGGUUCUCAUCGUUGGAGGAGUUGGCUGUAACCUGCGCCUACAGGAGAUGAUGGGGAUUAUGUGUAAAGAAAGAGGGGCAAAACUGUUUACCACAGAUGAGAGGUUUUGUAUAGAUAAUGGCGCAAUGAUUGCACAGGCCGGAUGGGAAAUGUUUCGCUCAGGUUGCGUCACAGAGCUGUCAGAUUCCUGGAUUACACAAAGGUACAGAACAGAUGAAGUGGAGGUCACAUGGAGAAACUGAUGUUAGCUGCUUAUCCAGCCUUUAACUGUAUUUGUGGAUUUCUAUUUAACUAUAAAAUGUUAUGUUGGAAAUUAAACAAGCUUUUGUAAUGAGGUUAACAGUGAAUUUUUAGAAGCUUUUUAGAAGUAAAAAACAACUUCAAUAUCCCAGUAGAAUUGCCCUUAAAAAAAAAAUUUACUACACAAUAAUCAUGGUUUUGCUACAAAACCAUGGUUACUGUAGUAAAACUAUGAUUUAGCCAAUGGUAAUAAAAAAUAAAAAUAAUCUUCAUAAGGGUUGGGCAGGAUUUUCUUGUCAAAAUCUUUUGCAACUACAUUUAACAAAGGAUUUUGUUAAAAUGUGUAUUUUAAAGGGGCCGUGGCACAAGACUUUUUAAGAUGUCAAAUAAAUCUUUGUGGUGUCCCCAAAGCACAUAUGCAAAGUUUAAGCUCAAAAUACAAUUUUAAUAAUUUAUUAUAGCAUGUUAAAAUUGCCACUUUGUAGGUGUGUGCAAAAAUGUGUCGUUUUGGGUGUGUCCUUUAAAAUGCAAAUGAGCGGAUGAAAUUCAAACACUGAUCACAAUGAUGGUGGUUUGUUGCAAUUAAAACUCAAUUGUGCUUUUCUCUGCACUAAAUGGCAGUGCUGUGGUUGGAUAGUGCAGAUUAAGUGGUGGUAUUAUUAUAAUAAGAGCUCCUUAUGACAUCAUAAGGGGAGCAAAACUUCAACAACCUAUUUUUUCAUGCGCUUGUAGAGAAUGGUUUACCAAAACUAAGUUACUGGGUUGAUCUUUUUCACAUUUUCUAGGUCGAUAGAAGCACUGGGGACAUAAUCAUAGCACUUAAACAUGGAAAAAGUCAGAUUUUCAUGCCAUGGCCCCUUUAAUAAAAUCCAUUAUCUUGAAUGUUCUACUAUAUAUGUAAGCAUAAGAAAUAAAUAACUUCAACUUUAUCCAUGCACAAAAAGUAAUUAUUGCAGUAACCGCUAUGUCAGUAUAAUAAACAGCAUUUUAAUUUCAAAAUAUUGCUGGACUAUGAAAAAAUGAGACCACUAAAUGUUUUAUAAAGUUUAUUAAUUUUUACUAUGCAACACUGUUCGAUUAAAUCUCUGAACAUC